UCGUUUCAGGGUGGGCCUCUUCCGUCUUCUGUUGAAUGAAACCCUAACCUAAAUGGAACCUCCCAACCCCCAGCCUCGUCUCUUCUCUCUCAACGGUCCCUCACUUACGGCGUCACCCUCACCUCGUCACUCUUUCGUCUCUCCCCUCUCACCUCGUCAGUCAUCACUCUCAGUCUCUCACGGCCUCAUCUCGUCACUCUCUCGGUCGCGCACUCAUUUGAGACUGAAGGUUGUCGUCGCGGUCUCGUGCCCCUGCGUUUGCUUCAUCAGCGGCAGAAGCAGACGGAACCAGUCAAGCAGCAUCUGCUCCUUUAGGUUGUGGUGGUCGUCGUCUUCUUGUUUCAUCGCGGUCUCAGAACCAGUCAACCAGGAAACCCUAAAUUGAGUCAAUAGCAUGCAACAGGGAGGAGGAUCCAACACGGAAGUGACAUGGGAGGACCAGCAAAACAUCAAUAAGUUCGGAAGAUUGAACAAUCGCUUUCAUGAACUUGAGGAUGAGAUCAAAAUCGCCAAGGAAACAAAUGAUAAUUUGGAAGAUGCGAGCAAUGAGUUGAUUCUCACAGAUGAAGAUGUGGUUUGGUUUCAAAUAGGUGAGGUCUUUGCACAUGUGCCAAAGGAUGAAGUCGAGAAUAGGAUAGAAAAUAUGAAAGAGGUGACAAGCCAGAAACUGACAAAGCUUGAAGGGGAGAAACAAUUUGUGGUUGCUCAGAUGGCUGAAUUGAUACGGAAAUUGACAAUUCAAUAUUCCACCGACAAGUAUACCAGGUCGUAAUCAUGUAAUAACUCACUUAGAGUGAGGUCGAUCCCACGAGGAUUGAUUGAUUAAGCAACUUUAAUCUAUUGAUGAUUCUAGUUGAACAAGCAAGAUAAUGAGAAUUUGGUGAAUUAUAGCAACAAGAAUUUAAGUGACUGAAAAUGUAAAGGGGCGGAAGGUAAAGGACUGGGAAUUGAAAGUGCAUGAAAGUAAAUUACUGAAGAAUAAAUGACAAGGGAAUUAAAUUGCGGAAUUGUAAAGGAAAUGUAAAAGAAUCACAAUCAGGGAGGGGAAUAGAAUGAAGUAAGGAAAUGCUAAUGGGUGAGGUUCAUUAGAGAUUGGAGAUGCUUGAAUCUUCCUGAAUUAAUGAACUUCUCUUCUCUCUUUGGCAUGCAAUGUUUAGAUC